AUGAAGAGAACAAGAAAACGUUCUCGUAACGAAACUGAGGACAGUCAGGACAUUUCUGACAAAUUAAAAACAAAAAAUAGAAAACUCAGUACCAGAUCAAAAGGACAGGAAGAGCAGACAUCUCUUGGACAUUCCAGGAGAAAGAGCUGCAAUGAGCAGGAUAUUGAGAGAGGGAGAGAGCCAAAGAGACGGGUCAUUGCUGAGGGACCCAGCAGAUAUCAGGGUCAAAAACGAUCCAGGACCUCCAGUCAUGAUGAGGAUUCGCAGGUCAUACAAAAAAGAGUCAAGCUCUCCUCAUCUGCCAAACUGGGUCAUAAAAGUGAGAGAAAGUCUGCUGGAAAAAGCGGCCAGAUAUCUCCACUCAAAAAACAAGCCCUGAAACGAAGCAUGGAAUGCGAUCUUGAGGAGCAGGUCAUGCAGAAAAGACCAAAGCUCUCCUCAUCUGCCAAACUGGGUCAGAAAAGUGAGAGAAAGUCUGCUGGAAAGAUCAGUCAGUCAUCUCCACCCAGAAAUAAAGCCCUGAAAAGAAGCAGGGACUAUGAUGAUGAGGAGGAACAAGUCAGACAGAAAAAGGGAAAGGUCUCCUCUGGAAAGGAAGAGGAGAAAACAAACAAGCCAAAGGGCAACGAUGAAUGUAUUACAGGAGGAAGUACACAGCCUGUGGUUGAAUCAAAGAAGCCACUGCCUCUGUCAGUCACUGGUUACCGAUUCCAUAAAGUGCUGGGACAGGGGAGCUUCGGACAGGUUGUGCUAGCUUCCACCAAGGACACAGGUCAGGUUGUUGCAAUUAAAUUAAUAAAGAAAGCUAAAGUUGAGGAAAAGACCAUUCAGAAGGAGAAUCGGAUACUGCAAAUGGCGAGCGGCAGUCCGUUCCUGUGUCAGGGACUCGCUGCCUUCCAGACCCGGGAGUACACCUGUCUGGUCAUGGAGUACAUACCAGGGGACAGUCUCCAAUCCUACAUGGCUGGGAAGGAACAUCUGUCCAUGGAGGAAGCAAGGUUCAUUUCAGCAAACCUUGUCUGUGGGAUCCAGUAUCUCCAUGCCCGCGGGAUACUUCAUAGGGAUCUGAAACCAGCCAAUAUUCUCUUUGAUGCCAAGGGCUAUGUCAAAAUAGCAGAUUUUGGCCUCUGCGAAGAGAAUAUUUUUACGGAUACAACCACCAACGGACGAGCUGGCACAGUCAAGUACAUGGCGCCAGAGGUACUAAGCUACAAAGAGUACGGCCAUUCAGCAGACUGGUGGUCGUUUGGCGUCAUUCUCCAUUACAUGAUAACUGGGCAGAAUCCAUUUAACACCAAGAUCAGUAAGACGCAUUUUAUAAAUGAAGUAUUAAACGCUGACCCGUGUUACCCAACCUGGCUGGGCAGUGAUACUAUAGACCUUCUGAGCAAGCUCCUGGAUAAGGACCCUUGUGCACGUGUUGUGAUGGGAAGGAACAUUCGGGAACACCCCUUCUUCAAAGACAUUAAUUGGGAAGAUCUUGAGAGGGGUAAAGUGAGCUGUCCAUUCCUGACAUUGCUAAGUUACCAUUGUCAAGUGACCAAUGGCGUCUGCAGAAAAAAUAUCCAUGUAGGAUCCUGCAGUCUUGUGGAUUCCUCCAUAGACCUCAGUGCUGUACUCUUGCGCACGCAUAAAAAGUACAGCAGUGACAUCAGCUCCUGGCAGCUGAAGCGCCAACAGCAGAAGAGGAUGGUGGCGCCAACGAGGGACUGGUUAAGAUAUGAAUAUUUUGCUCAAGUCUCACUUAACGAGAACUCCACAGCAGCACAAGUUAACCAGGUGAAAUGA